AUGUGCAUUUCUCUCCCUAGACUCUUUUUUUACAACUUUUUACCUCUGGCUACCAGAUGUAGUUGUAUUGACCACGUCGUCAAAAAUUCGGUUCGGCAUUUUAAAGACCCUUUGAUGAUGGCCGGUUUUGGUCAAGAAGGUGAAUUUUACUCUGGAGGCUAUGGAGAUCAGCAGAGCUUUGGCUAUAAUAUGGAUGCCCAGGCCAUCAGUGGAUUUGGCCAAGAGCCACAGCUAUUCAUAUCUAUCUAUCUAUCUAUCUAUCUAUCUAUCUAUCUAUCUAUCUAUCUAUCUAUCUAUUCUAUCUAUCUAUCUAUCUAUCUAUCUAUCCUAGUCUCUUCAUUAUCUAUCCAUCUGUCUAUUCAUAUCUAUCUGUUUCAGUCUAUUCAUAUCUGUCUCAGUCUAUUCAUAUCUAUCUCUGUCUAUUCAUCUAUUAAUCUAUCUAAGUCUAUUCAUAUCUAUCUAUCUAUCUCUGUCUAUUUAUCUAUCUAUAUGUCUAUCUCUCUAUCUAUCUAUCUCUGUCUAUUCAUAUCUAUCACUGUCUAUUCAUAUCUAUCUAUCUAUCUAUCCUAUCUAUUCAUAUCUAUCUAUCUAUCUAUCUAUCUAUCUAUCUAUCUCUGUCUAUUCAUCUAUCUCUCUCUCUCUAUAUCUAUCUUUCUCUCUAUCUAUCUAUCUAUCUAUCUAUCUAAGUCUAUUCAUAUCUAUCUCAGUCUAUCUAUCUAUCUAUCUAUCUAUCUAUCUAUCUAUCUAUCUCUGUCUAUCUAUCUAUCUAUCUAUCUAUCAAAUGAAACACUGUUAUUCAUAUCUAUCUAUCUAUCUAUCUAUCUAUCUAUCUAUCUAUCUAUCUAUCUAUCUCAGUCUAUUCAUAUGUAUCUCAGUUGUUUCAUAUCUAUCUCAUUCUAUUCAUAUCUAUCUAUCUAUCUCAGUCUAUGCAUAUCUUUUAUCUCUCUAAUUCUAUUCAUAUCUAUCCUAAUCUAUUCAUAUUUAUCUCAGUUCAUUCAUAUCUAUUUAUCUAUCUCAGUCUAUUCAUAUCUAUCUAUCUAUCUAUCUAUCUAUCUAUCUAUCAAAUAA